AGAGGAGGAAUUUGCAUUUGAGCAGACGGAAGACAGGCAGAAAGCAUCGACACUGACAGGGAGGAGGAUGCUGUGUCAGUGGAGGCUGCGGCUCAGACUGGAGACGGCAGCGGCAACGACCGAACUGAACGCCAUUUCUCAACUUGUAGCUUCAGCACCGACUCUUGAAUUAGCGGUUAGCAAGAGGGGGAUGAGUCCGAGUUAAGGUGCUCUCUUUAUUUUAUUUUAUUUUUUUAAUUUUUCUGCUGAAUUUAAGCGCACUGUCAGGUUUCCUCUGCUGGACUUUGGGCUACUGUGAAGAUGGAGCUGAGCAGGAGGAAAGUGCCUCUGUAUGGUCAGGCAAAGGUAUUUGCAUUGCUAGAGGGUUUAGACUCGGUGCUGGAUGAUGCAGAGGUCUACGUUGUUUUGGAAGGAUCCACACUGGUUCAUGUCACCAGGGCUCAGAGUGAUGUCAUGCUCUGCUUUAUAGUGCCUGGACAUAACCUGGCUGAGAUGGUCUCUGUCCAGGCGUACCUGUGCUCUGAAACCACACCCCUCACUUGGGUGGGCGGAGCUUCACUCGAGUAUGUCCAAGAUGAUGCUCAGGACCUUGCAGAGCACCUGGUAAUCCAUGGACAUUGUCUGAGCUCCACGGAUCACAAGGAGCUGAGAAGCCUCUUCAACCUCGGCCAGGAGAGCUCUCGCUGGGCUAUGGAUCGUCGCGUGGCCCUGGCCAUGGCCAACCUGGAUAUCCCCCAAAACUGGAAUGUUCUGGGGAGCCACAGCGGAGACGAGCACAGUCCCAGGGAGUCUCCCCUCCACCUGGCUGUGCGAUGGGGUCUGUGUCGGCUUGCGGAGCUGUUGCUUUGCCAGCCGGGGGGUUUGAUGGCUGUCAGUCUGCCAAACGAAGAGGGAGUCACGCCGCUGCAGCUGGCACAGGCAGCGGGCAACACUGAACUCCUGGAGCUGCUCACACACCCACCCAACCCUCUAGCCACGCCUCCAGCAGGCCUGUCUCAGGUGUGGGCAGACCGGUCCCGCUUGCUGAGGUUCUGUCAUGACACAGGGAACCUGACUCUGACCGUUCGACAAAACCUGAGGUGGAGCUCAGAGGAAAGCCGGCACGCUGACAUCCUGCUUCUCAGAGACCGACUCAGAGAUGAGGAUUUCCUCAGAGAGAUCAAAGCACUAAGGAGGGAACGGGUGGAGACCAUCUUAGGGAAGGAAGAACUAGUGGAUGAUCCUACAGAGAACGCACUGUAUCCUGAUAUCAAUGGAGGAAGCUCUGCUGUAGAAGAAAAUGACUAUGAGGAGCCACUAAUGUUUUGCCUGAAUGAGGAGGACGAAGAGGACGAUCCAUCACAGUCUGACUCUGAGAAAAGCCAGUCCAUAAGGGAGAGCCAGGCCUCAUCCCCGACUCUGGCUGCAGCUGCCAGACUGUCAGCGAUGAUACACGGCAAAGACCGAGUGUACGCCAACGCUAUGCUGGUGGAUCAGGUGGAUGACGCUGACAUUAGAUACCGCUCUCCAGGGGAGGAGGAGGUGAGCCCUGCGCCCCAUGUUGGCAACCAGUGCUGGGACUCCUUCUCCACGAGUCCCCCUGACUCAGGGAACUGCUCCCAGAAUCGGCACCCAUCCACACCCCAUAAUGGGGAGAGGGGAAUCCAAGGCCCCAGCCCAGAGAAUCACAGGGAGCCAUCCCCUCGCACCUCUCCCUCCUCUCCCUUUGCUACAUCCCCGUCUUUUCCUUCCUCCCCCCUGGCUUCCGCCUUCCGUUUGUUCGAAGGAGCACAGAGGCGUCAGAUGCAGCCGUGCCUGCCAGCGUCUCCUGCUUUGAAUCGCAGAGGAUGCAGCUUGACUGAGGCAAGCCGGGGCCUGAGUCCUAGUCUUGAGUGCGACAGUGGGGAAGAGGACAUACUAGGACAUUCCUACCCCUGCUCAUCUAUAAAGCAGCAGUCCAUCCUGCGCUCCAGCUCAGGAGAGGAGAGAGACUCUUUCGAAACGUCACCGGACUUUAACCGCACACACUCCACGAGCACGCAGAAGUCCACAAAGAACCCAGAGGAAGCCGAGGUUCGUCUGCGCUCCUACUCCUACUCCUCCCCCAAAGCAAAGCCGUCACGGCCACUGCUAAACCGAGAUGCAACCAUCACUGACCUGGCAGAAGAGCAGAGAGCGUUCAGCCUGACAGAGACACCCAGAGAGAAGAGGAUUUUGGGUUUCCGUAAGCGGGCCCAGUCAGCAGAGGAGGAGAGCAGCGCAUCACUCCAACACCUCACCCUCACAGAGUUCCUCAAAGAGAUUGAGGAUGAGGAGUGGGAUAAAUACAUAAUCCCAUCUAAGGUCGAGUCAGAGAAGUACAAAGUCAGCCGGACCUUCAGCUUCCUCAAGAACAGGAUGUCCAGCACUCGCAACAAGACCAAGGUCAAGGGAAAAGAGGUGAAGGAGGGAAAGGAGAAGUCAGGAGCCGCUAAUGGACACCAGUUUGCCCCUGUGUCUCCAUCUGGUCCCGCUCUCUGUGUGGCCUGUGAUAAGUCUGUUUCUGGGAAGGAGCUGUUGCAGUGCUCCAACUGUUUCCUGAAUGUCCAUAAAAACUGUCGAGAGUCUGUUGCAGCCUGUGGAAAGAAGCCGCAGGAGAGGAAUGCAUUGCUGAUGAAAAGCAAGACCUUGUCUCUCCCACAGAGCUCUGUUAAGGACAACUCUCCAGCCUCCAUUUUCUCUUCAUCCUCCUCCUCUUCCUCUUCACUGCCAACGAUGACCAGAGAGAAGAGAGAAACAGUCACCCCUCUCACCAAAAGCCUCUCCAUCUCUAUAGACAGCAGACGGCUGAGUGACUCAGCAGGGUUGGACGGGGACUGCAGUGCGACAGCUUGCACUAACAGCUUAUUGUCUGAUGAGGGAACACCAAUCACAAUGACUCCCCCAUCCACUGACCCGCCAAUCAUUACACAGGAUGCUGUUGAUGCCCCUCUCCUGAGUGACUUGUCAGCCGACCUGCUGGGACUUGAUGCAGAAUCGUGGAGUCUGGCUGUUAGUCCGGAGUUCUGCAGACAGCAUGACAGGCACACCAUCAAACGACAGGAUGUUAUUUAUGAGCUGAUGCAGACUGAGCUGCACCACAUCCAAACCCUGACAGUCAUGUCAGAGGUGUUCAGGAGAGGCAUGGUGGAGGAGCUUCAGCUGGACUGGGACUGCGUGGCCCGGAUCUUCCCGUGCUUGGAUCCCUUGCUGCUCUUCCACAGGAACCUCUUCGGAGCUCUGCAGGAACGCAGACAGGCCACAACCCAACCUGAGAACCCACAGAAUUAUCUCAUCCAUCAGAUUGGAGACAUACUGCUUCAGCAGUUUUCAGAUGAAAAUGCAGAGAAGAUGAAGCAGGUGUACGGCGAGUUCUGCAGUCGCCACACUGAGGCUGUCAACGUCUUCAAAGACCUGCAGCAACAGAACAAGAAACUGCAAAACUUUGUCAGACAACAGAGCAAUAACUCUCUGGUCAGGCGGAGAGAGGUACCAGAAUUUAUCCUGCUGGUCACUCAGCGCAUCACCAAGUAUCCUGUGCUGCUAGAGAGGAUAUUGCAGUACACUCAGGAAGGAAGUCAGGAACACUCUGACUUGUCAAGUGCCCUGGCUCAGAUCCGUGACAUCAUUGCUGCAGUGGACCUGACUGUGAGUAAGUAUGACAGGUGUCAGGAGCUGCAGGAAGUGCUGGCCCGGCUCGAGAACAAGAGCUUUGCCAAGCUGAAGAACGGCAAGGUGUUUCGCAAACAGGACCUGCACAGUAAACACAGGGAUCUGCAGCAUAAAGGCUUGGUCUACUGGAAAACUGCCACAGGGCGGCUAAAAGAUACUUUGGCGCUCCUGCUCACAGAUGUGCUGGUUUUCCUGCAAGAGAAAGACCAGCGCUUCAUAUUUGCUGCUGUGGACCAGAAGCCUCCAGUAAUCCCUCUGCAGAAGCUCAUCGUUAGAGAAGUAGCCAAUGAGGAGAGAGGGAUGUUCCUUAUCUCCGCCUCAUCAGUGGGACCAGAGAUGUAUGAAGUUCACACCACCACCAGAGAGGAGAGGAAUGCCUGGAUGAGACACAUAAGACAAGCUGUAGAGAGUUGUCCUGAGGAAGAGGAGGAGGAGGAGCGAAGCACUGAGACAGAGGAGGCCAGGCGAGCCGCAGAAGCAAGGGUUCAGAAGACUGCCAAGUUCCAAGAGACGCUGUUGGGUCAGGAUCAGCGCAUCUGCAACAGCCUGGAGGAGAAGUUACAGUUGUAUGCUGAGCUCACUGAGUUAACCCUCUGCUCACCAGAACCUGUACCACAUCGCCAUCUGCUGGUGCAACCAGACACUGACAGUGAGAUGCCACGACAGGCCUCCUCACUCCUCACAGCUGCUCUCAGAGAAGCUGAGAACCUGAUCGCCAUUCUUCAGACUCGUGAUGGCCUCUCUGUACAGAAUCAGAGCUCUCCUGUCCGAGGACCAGAGUGCUGCAGCUACAACAGUCAUGGCAGCAGCAUCCAGGAGUCUCCCUCUGAACCAGACUAUCUCAGCACACUCAGUAUGAGCUCUACCUCUCUUGGAUCAGACACAGAGUUGUCAGGGCUGGAUAGUGUGUUGUGGAGCUCUGCUGUCGAGCUGAGAAGAGGAGACACCAAAGGAACACUGUUAAAGGUGGCGGAGAGCGUCCAGAGCCUGACUCAGCUUCUCUAUAGUCUGCAGGCUGCAGUGACCCUUCAGGACAGCUGCUAUGAGGUCCAGAAACUUCUUCUUCAGGAGGGAGAGAAGCCUCAGCUCCGAGUCCUCUCUUCCCUCCAAAACAGUCUGGAGCAGGAGAAGCAGAGGAGUAUUGAUAAGAGGAAAGAGGAAGUAGAAAAGAAGGGUGUAGAGCGGAGGAAAGAAGAGGUGGAUGAGGUGCAGAAACUCCACAUGAAGCUGAAACAGGAGCAGCAGCGCUGGGACAAAGAGUGUCUGGUCAGGGAGAAACAACAGAGUGAACAGGAGAGUGUGCUGGAGCAGCGAGAGCAGCAGUGCCUCCUGGAGGCUGAGCGUCUGCGCUGUGAGCGUGAGGAGCUGGAGGCCCAGCUGCUGGAGUAUCAGCAAAAUCUGGACAGACUGAGGGACGGCCAGAGGAGUGUGGAGAGGGAGAAGGAGAAGAUUGAAGCCCAGCAGAGGCUUCUCCAGAGCUGGAGACACAACCGCCAGAGCAGCCUGCCUGUUACAAUACCACUGGAUGGUUUUAAGGUGUCCAGCCACAGCCGCUCAGGCAGUCUGGAUGGUAGCUGUUCAGUGUACGAAAACGAGGCAGCUUUGCUCUCCUCCCUACAGCAUAACCUCCCCCACCACCAGCCUGCCAACAACAACCAACACCAGCGUCUGCUCUCAGUGUCGAGGAAGAACCACGAUGGCCCUCUGCACAGCUCUAGCUACACCGCUAACCUCGGCCUCAGCGCCAGCCUCUACAACAGCCUCAACACUCUGCUGAGCCAGGCGCACAGCAAACAGCCUCCGGACAGUCUGACAUACCCAAACUGCAGUAGCAACCACAGCUGCCCUCGGCCUCUCAACGACUCUGUCCACCCAUUCAGUAGCAGGGUCACUGCACAGCCACAGAGGACCAACAACACAGACUUCAGCCCAUCAUUGGACAGGCGACCCCUGGGUCCCUGGAGGUCAGAGGUCACAGGUCACAGACUUUUCGAGGACUACUCCUCCUCUCCCUCUCUCACCCCCCUCCUUCCCCCGCAGGCUUAUCUCUCUCUUGAAGGACAGAACGGGGAAGAGGGAGUAUCCGUUGGACUCUCCGUUUGACGGCAGAGAUACCUUUUGUGCUACAAACACUGGGACCUAAAGCACCAGGAAGUCUGGACAGAAGUGUUGAUGUUAUUUUCCUGUGAGCACUUAAAAGAAAAUGGAGAUAUUUGAGAAGCCAAUUGAGUCCUUCCCCAAACUAUGUAUAGAGUGGUAUUAUUUCUCCAUGUCGUCUUUAAUAUUUAUGAGGGUUUGUGAGCAUUUAAAAGACAUAUAAUUGUACUGACAUAAUUGUAUAGAUAUUAAAUAUAUGUAUAAUUUUAUGAAAAGGCUACCUAUGCACACUAUAAUAGAGGAGGAGCUUAAUUUUUCUCACUUAAGUGCCAAAAAUCUUGCUAUCUGAUACUGUAAUUGAUUUCUGUAAAGAAUGUGGCUGUAUCUGUAUUUUUUCCUGUUCGUCUCUUUUUCUGGUAAUUUAUUGUGUGUAAAUUGCUUCUUGCACUGUCAACAUUAAUAAUAUUUUGUUUGAUAUGUGUUCUCUUGUAAUCUCUGUAAUCAAAACUGCGAUGUGACAUAGCAUUAUUGUGCUGUAUAUAAAACUAUUGUGGCAAACA